CACCCACAGAAUGCGAGGAACAUUGGUAUUCUCAGGCACGUCGUGCCCAGCUCUCACCGGCAAAAUAUGUGAGAACCUGGGCAUGGCUCCGGCUGAGGCCGAUUUGUCUCAAUUUUCAAAUGGCGAAACCAGUGUGCGAAUCCUGACCAGUGUCCGAGACAAGGAUGUCUUUGUUGUGCAAUCAGGAAGCCCUACCAUCAAUGACACGAUCAUGGAGCUCCUCAUUAUGAUUUCUGCUUGCAAGGGUGGUUCUGCCAACAAGAUCACUGCUGUCCUUCCAUAUUUUCCUUAUAGCCGACAAUCCAAGAAGAAAUCUCACCGAGGAGCCAUCACCGCUCGAAUGCUAGCAAAUCUGCUUAACGUAGCAGGUGUUAAGCAUGUCAUCACGGUCGACCUUCAUGCCUCACAGAUGCAGGGUUUUUUCAAGUGCCCUGUCGACAACCUCCACGCUGAGCCUCUUAUUGCACGUUGGAUUCGACUGAACAUUCCCAAUUGGAAGGAAGCUGUUGUCGUAUCUAAGAAUGCUGGUGGGACCAAGAGAGUCACUUCGCUGGCCGAUGCCUUGAAGCUCAACUUUGGACUGGUAACUACAGACCGCAAGCGUGCCCACAACAUGUCUGCGAGUAUGAUCAUGAACCACCUUGAUGGGUGGGACAAUCCUCCUGGAUAUGUGAAUGGCGUUCAGCGUUCAAGAGCCAUUUCUGAGGAUAGAGACUCGGAUGGCAACGGCUCAGCAAGGUCAUCGCGAAUAAUGAGUGAAUCUCAAGGAUCUCCUAAGCGACCUACGGCGCCGCCGAUACGGACUAACAGUCUGACUCGAUCGCCGUAUACGCGUGCAUAUACGCCAUCUCAAACUUCACCCAUCGAAGAAUUAAGGGACGAAGAGGACAACCUUGAUGAAGCGCAAGUGUAUAAUGAUGAACGUGCGCAAGAAGUAACACAAGGACGGCUUGUACAAGGUCACGUUGUACCAGACGACUUUCAGUCACCAGCUCAAUCCGACGGCGGCACAAGCGGUAACCAAUCCUGCCAAGGGGGUGACGAUGACCCUAUGACAAUGUCCCACGCUUCUUCCUUCUUUGCGCCAGAACCGCAUGCCCUUGGUGGUUCAGGCGAUGUCGGAGGGUCGUCCGAUGAAGAGGAAGAAAAGCUCCGAGAUCCUAGGAUCGAACACAUGAUUACACUGGUUGGCAACGUCAAGGACCGACCUGUCCUGAUCGUGGAUGAUAUGAUUGACAAGGCUGGUUCUUGGAUUGCCGCAGCCGAAACUGUCGUUAAGAGAGGCAAGGCGAAGAAGGUGUAUUGCAUGGCCACUCAUGGGGUAUUCGGAGCGGACUGUCUCGAACAGAUGCAAGCUUGCGACUGCAUCGAUCAGAUCAUCGUAACCAACAGCUUCCCAAUACCUGACAGGAGAGCUAAAAGCGCAAGUAAGUUGGUCAUUCUGGACCUUUCCUAUCUGUUGUCGGAAGCCAUCCGAAGAAACCAUUAUGGCGAGUCCAUCUCGCCUCUAUUCCAGCAUAUGGCGGAUUAGACAGUCUGGAAUUUUAUGAGUAUUACGAAUUAGACUGCCUGCCAGCACUCGCAGUAUUGUACAAUUCAUGAAAAUAGUUUGAUAGGUGAGCCUGCGGAUAUUCGGUACUCGGCGUCUGGGAGGAGGCAGAAUAAGGGUUUUAUUAUGGCAUUUCGAAACCACGGAUAGCGUUACGGGACUAAAUCAGAUACCACAUUGAGAUUGUCACAACAGGUAUGUCGUUGAACCGGAGAUUUUUCAUGUGCUCUGAAGUUUUGCGUCUCAAACCAAUAUUUUCCUUACACAUUCCCCAACGGUGCUAUCUUCGGAUAGCCAGGGCUUAACAGUCCCUCUAGGACGAGUUCUGAACGGAACGUUGGUAGAUCAAACCUAUCCCUUCUGGGAUAAUCACGAUGCUAGAAGGCCAGUCACUUUGGUAUUUAUUAUCACAUCCUUCUAUGGAUGGUGGGUGUUUGGCAAGAGAAAUCCUCGUACAGAGCAAUAAAACAAUAUUUUUGACUACCCUAGUC